UGUUAUCUCUCAUCACUUCUAUCUGCCUCAGAAAUAUACAGUCUUGUAUACAAGUAUCUUGUAUAAGAUAAAUAACUCGAGGAAAAUGGAAACAGAUGAAGCUCAAGACAUGUCCCACGUUUCAGGAAAAGAAAGCCCUCCAGUAAGUGACGUUCCAGAUGAUGCCGAUGAGCCCAUGCCUGUACCAGAAGAUCUUUCAACCAGCACAGGAGGACAGCAGAAUUCUAGGAAUGAGAGAGUUUUGGCUGCAUAUGGGGCUGAAGGCUUUAGGGAUUUUCACGCCAUCAUCCCCAAAUCCUUUUCUCCCAGUAAUAUUAAAAUAGAGACACAGAGUGAUGAAGAGAAUGGGCGUGCCUGUGAAAUGAAUGGGGAAGAAUGUGCAGAGGAUUUACGAAUGCUUGAUGCCUCUGGAGAGAAAAUGAAUGGCUCACACAAUGGCAGCAAAGCCAUGUCAGGAGUUGGAGGCAUUCGACUCCCUAACGGAAAGCUAAAGUGUGAUAUCUGUGGGAUAAUUUGCAUCGGUCCCAAUGUUCUUAUGGUUCACAAGAGAAGCCACACUGGCGAACGCCCCUUCCAGUGUAAUCAGUGUGGGGCAUCCUUUACUCAAAAAGGCAACCUUCUCCGCCACAUAAAGUUACAUUCCGGAGAAAAGCCAUUCAAGUGCCACUUGUGUAACUACGCUUGUCGUCGUAGAGAUGCUCUUACGGGCCAUCUGCGGACCCAUUCUGUCGGCAAGCCCCACAAAUGUGGAUAUUGUGGUCGAAGCUAUAAGCAGCGCAGCUCUCUGGAAGAACAUAAGGAGCGCUGCCACAAUUAUUUGCAGACCAUGAACCUCUCAGGUGGCCUCUAUCCAGUCAUGAAAGAGGAGACCAGUCAGAGUGAAAUGGCUGAAGACCUGUGCAAGAUGGGGUCAGAGCGAUCCCUUGUACUGGACAGACUAGCAAGUAACGUCGCCAAACGGGGAGGAACGAGAAACCUGCCAGAUAUGAGGACUAGAAGGGUAGCGUUUCCUGUCAGUUACUCAGAGUGUGGUGUAAGAAGAUACCAGAAUGACAGUACAAGUUUAGAGAGCCAGACUAAACUUCAAAAGGUGGGAGCCUUAUCUGACUGGAAUCAAGGUGAGAAAUGCAUGUCUGAUGUUCCUUAUGAUGCAACCACCAAUUAUGAGAAGGAGAAUGAUAUGAUGCAGACCCAUGUCAUGGACCAGGCUAUUAACAAUGCCAUCAGCUAUCUAGGGGCAGAGUCAUUGCGUCCCCUGGUGCAGACUCCACCAGGUGGCUCUGAAGUAGUGCCUGUCAUCAGCCCCAUGUAUCAGCUCCACAAACCCCUUGGGGACAACCAAGCUCGUUCCAAUCACGCAGCUCAGGACAGUGCGGUGGAAAACUUGCUACUGCUUUCUAAAGCCAAAUCCAUCUCUUCGGAAAGGGACCCUUCACCCAGCAACAGCUGCCAAGACUCCACUGAUACAGAGAGCAAUAAUGAAGAACGUAGUGGCUUGAUUUACCUAACUAACCACAUAGUGCCCCAUGCACGAAAUGGCCUCUCUAUAAAGGAAGAACACAGGCAAUAUGAUGUUCUAAGGGCAAGCAGUGACAGCUCCCAAGAGGCGUUCAAAGUCAUCAGUGGCAAUGGGGAGCAAGUGAAAGUUUAUAAAUGUGAACCUUGUAGAGUCCUUUUCUUAGAUCAUGUAAUGUAUACCAUCCACAUGGGCUGUCAUGGGUUUCGUGAUCCUUUUGAGUGUAACAUGUGUGGCUACCGCAGCCAGGACAGGUAUGAGUUCUCUUCUCACAUCACUCGUGGGGAACACCGUUUUCACAUGAAUUAACACUCUUCUUGUAUAGAAGUGGCCUGUACUACUGGAGCUCCAUGAACAGCAGCAAAAACUCAGAACACAGAAACAAGACCAUAAACAGCAUCCAAUAAAAACCAGAAGGCUAGGCUAUCAGAAAGGAACUCUUUUCAAUAGCAUGCACACACAAUUCAGUUUUUAUACUAUUAAUAGUGAUGUUUUUAUUGCAAAUAUAGGGUCAUCCAAAACUUUAGUAUAGUAAAUAGGAGAUUUUGUAGAUAGAUAGAAGAAACCUUUUCUUGCUAGCAACUGUUUCCUGGGUUUUAAAAAAACAUCUCCCCCUCUCUCCAUCAAAGGCAGUUACCUGUGCACCAUUUGUACCCUAAUUUGAAAGCUGGAAAGACAGGAUUAGUGUUAACCUUUUCUGUGUUGAUAUUUUGAAAAUACACUUCUUACAUCAUA